CUAGGUGGCUGAGCCUUGCACAAUGCGCCUCUUCGUUUUACCAGGUUGAUCCGUUUGCUAAUUUCCUUUGUCUUCAGCUAAAAUAUGAAUCUCUGUUGUGUUCGUUUUUUUUGGUGAGUAGCUUCUUUUCUAGUCAAUGUGGUAGAGUAAGACAAAAGGUGGCUGCUCCUCUAUCCUGGGGAUUACAGUAGCUGCUGAUGCCAAUGAUGAGUCAGAGUGUUUGGUGCUGAUGUUGCUGCCAUUUCAUCAGCUCUGUGAUCCCCAGCAUCCCCUAUUCACCAGCUCUCCAUCUUUACAACCCUGGGCAUCUCUGCGACUGAAGUCCACACUGGAGGAAGGGCUGCGAUUCUUCUGUCUGCAGGGAAAUGAAACCUCUGCUCUGGAGCUAGCCGGGUGCCCUUGAGGACUAUCCCCUUUGUAAUCCCUGAUUGGAGGCACAGAAUAAUAGCGCCUAGGAAGCCUUCUAGCAUCGGGUUGGGUUUUUUUGUUUUGUUUUAAUCAAGAUCGGACUUCCUGAACCUGGAGGCUUUGAUCUUCCUGUGUGCAGGGUGGAUUCUGUUUUGGUGAGGGGGAUUCAGAACCUUUUCUUGGAGUCCUUCCUUGCUGACCUGGAUUUAGGCUGCUGAAUUAUAGCUCUAGAUAUUUGUGUUAACACAGCGAGAGAGAAAAAAAGGUUGGAGCCCUUGAAUGAGAGCUGGAAAUUCAAUCCAACCCCUUUUCUGCUUUUGUAACUAGGCCAGCCAUUGCCAAGUUCUUUUCAAUGAAUUACAAAAGCAUUUCUCUGCAAUUGCGAAGGGAAAUACGGAUCAGUAGCAAAAUGCAUGUCGGAUCCUGAUUAAAAAAGCAAAACAACAGGUGGCGAAGAGGGAAAUCUAGGAGGGUUUGGGGCAAAAUGGAGACCAUCUGACCUUUGCAUUUCCAGCAGAGACAUCUUGCGUGUGUGUUGCAGAACUGGAGGCAGAGGCGGGGGUGCAAUCCUGCCACCCGCAUCUCCCUCGAGAAGAUUUCCCAGCAGCCAGAAACCAUGACUGGCCAGGGGAAGAGCGAUCCCACGCAUUUUGAAGGCUUCCCUGAUACCCACCUUCCACGCAGACCUGCCCUUGUAGUGCUUGUAUUUCUCUCCUAAAGAAGAAAGCCAGAACCUAGCAGCAGCGGUGAGACUGAGCCGCCCUCUGGUGGGCAGUGCGGGCGAGGCAGCGCGCCCUCUGGUGGGCAGUGUCCCUACAGCGCCCUCUGCUGGGUGCCUCCCUUGGACCCGGCUGCAGGACUGUGAGCAGAAGCGCCGGGCACCUGCUGGCCGCAGAGCCUCCCUCGCAUCCGGGCAGGGCUCGGCAUGGGCUGCGUGGAGCGUGCCUGGUACUAGGCGCUUUGCAAAGGCUGCAUUGCACCAGGCGAGCCCUGGGCGCAGCGCUCAGCGAGGCCAGACCUGGGCGCAGGGGCGAGCCGCUGGGGGGAAGCAUGGAAGCGAUUUGGCUCUACCAGUUCCGCCUGAUCGUGAUCGGAGACUCCACCGUGGGCAAAUCCUGCCUGAUCCGCCGCUUCACCGAGGGGCGCUUCGCCCAGGUCUCGGACCCCACGGUGGGCGUGGAUUUCUUCUCCCGGCUGGUGGAGAUUGAGCCGGGGAAACGGAUCAAGCUGCAGAUCUGGGACACGGCCGGGCAGGAGCGAUUCAGAUCCAUCACCAGAGCCUACUACAGAAACUCAGUAGGCGGGCUCCUCUUAUUUGACAUUACAAACCGCAGAUCCUUCCAGAACGUCCAUGAGUGGCUAGAAGAGACAAAGGUGCACGUCCAGCCCUACCAGAUUGUCUUCGUUUUGGUAGGUCACAAAUGCGACCUUGACACACAGCGGCAAGUCACUAGACACGAGGCUGAGAAACUGGCUGCUGCAUAUGGCAUGAAGUACAUUGAGACAUCUGCUCGGGAUGCCAUUAACGUGGAGAAGGCCUUCACUGACCUGACUCGAGAUAUAUACGAGCUUGUUAAAAGGGGGGAAAUUUCGAUCCAGGAGGGCUGGGAAGGGGUAAAGAGUGGGUUUGUACCGAACGUAGUGCACUCUUCAGAAGAGGUGGUGAAAUCAGAUAGGAGAUGCUUGUGCUAAUCACGUCUAGUGAGAAAAGCUAUGAUGAACUCUACUAAUCAAACAUACUCUAUUAAGUGAACUCAGUGUGAUGGAAAGGGAUUGUAACACUAGCAUGGUGAAUGGCCUCACACGUUGUUUUGAACACCAGAGGAACAGAACCAAGAAAGAAAUGGUCAGUUCCAAAUAACCUCUUUCAGAACUGGGGGGGAGGGCUACAAACCUAUAUGAGAAUGAACAAAGGUGCAUGUUUAUGUUAUAAGAGAUGGGAGGCAUAAGAACAAGAGAGGAUCUGAAUGAGAUGGUACAGAACAGGGAAUUUUACAUGUACUGUUUUUCUAUGCCAUGUGUUGAAGCCACAGUCUGAACAGUCUAUUAAUACAACACACACGAGAGGAGAGAGAAAAUCUUGGUUUGCAUCAACAAUUUAUUUCCAGGAAGAUUAGAAUAUAGUGCGGUUUCCAUUCCUGAAUGUUACUUCCAGGGUUAACUCAAAAGAAACAUUUUACAGAUGUGGCACACACACUUUUGUGGCUUAAUGUUCUUGUACCUCGUUAAAACAUAGACUAAGACUAUAAUAUGGUACUUUAAAAGGAAAAUAAGGGUUAUUUUAUUGAUAAUUAAAACUUAAGCAUCACCAUCCCCCUGAAGAGGGGUGUUUUCCUUGCCCUGCCUAGCUGAGACUAAGGACCAAGUCCAGCAUGACCACUCCAAUUAUCAUUAUCGGAUGAAUUUAUAAAUACUUAUUAUCUCUCUACAUGAUUGUAGUAGAAGUACCUCGACUAUAUGGAUUUCCAAUAUAAUUAACAGAUCAGGAGUAUAAAGCUUCCUAAGUGUAUCCUCAGAUCCAGUAUCUCACAGAUGGGUCAUGGCAACCAGUGAUUAGCAGUCAGGUGGGAAAUGCAGAUAUUUCUGUCUUACUGUCAGAAGUAGAGUGAUGUUGGCAGCAUUUCACUGUAAACUUACAUUGCUCCUUAGGAAAAAAGGAAAGAACAAAAGAAAACUAAAGAAGGUUUAAAUCAAGAGCAUCAUACAUCCCGGAAGGUGGGGUUUCCUUUUAAAGAACAAGGGAAAGAGCUGGUUCCAGUACUGAAAGCAGUGGCUAGUGGCAGCAUUUUCUGCUCUUAUUGUGUUGCUUUCUUUACUGGCAUCUGGGGAAGGAGAGAAAUAGGAAGUGGAAGGAGGGGUAUAGAGAUGAAGUGUCUGAGAGGGUGAAAAGGGAAGAAGAGAGAAGCAUAGGAGAAAAUGUCUUCUCUUUGUUUUAUUUAUAUUCUACCCAAGAUGGGGCCUACACCGGGCAGGUAGCUGACUUACAAAGGCUAUAACUAAGUGUCCAUUUUCUGGGAACACCAUCUACCAUUUCAGCUUUGCUUUGUGUAAGUACUGUAUUAACUAAAGCUUUUGGAAUGCAGAAGGGUAACAAUGCGCCUGUAUUGUGCCGAGGAGGAUCAACAUGUUAGCAAAACAUACAGUGACAUUUAUUCAAGUUUGCGAGCUUUACAAGCCAAACUGUUAAUUUGGUUAUGAGGGAUUAGGCAAACCACUAAGAGAUCCAGCAUUUGAAUACAGGCCUCCAGGUAGACAAGAAUAAAGUACUUCUAAUUGCUCCUCUAAGGUACCAUGUUCCAUAAGAGUAUGAUUUUUGACAAGCUGAAUCUGUCGCUCUUCAGAUCCAUUCUUGUGUUUUGUACCAUUUGAGCCUGACUGUAUCAUAAAAAUAACAAGACCAUUGCUUAGGUAUGAAAGCUGUAAAAAAUUUAAAUGAAUAAUAUUUUACCUUUAAAUUUUCUAGUAACAUUUGCAAUCCUUGAGCUCAGCGGGUGAGAGCAAACAUGGUAUGCCACUGUGAAUUCAUAGCAAACAUAGAUCCAGAGGAUAUUGAAAUGGGGGUUGGCUGCGGGAAAUGAUACAGCCUUUUACUUCUGAAUACCAAUGGUCAAUCUUGAUUAGGUUACAAUUGUAUUCAGUUUGCUGGCCUAACUCUAAGACCCCCAUUCAACUCCCACUGAAGUCCAUGGAAGCCUUUCCAAUGAUUUCAAGAGAAGGUAGAUAUGGCCCUCAGUCUGCAGUGUGCAUUACAAAACCUCUUUCUUGAAUGGCCCAAUUUGGCAUGAUUGGGAAUCUUGGCUCAGGAGAGACCUACAACAACACGGGUAUUGCAGGCGAUCCCCCCCUCAGCUUGCACUGACGUCAGCGAGAACUGAGGGGCAUUGGUGGGGUGUGGUGAGGCACAUGCAGCAUUUACCCGGAGUUGUCAGUCUCUGACCUUCACGAACAAGAGCAGCCAUAUUUAAAAGGGUCCAAUGUUUAUGUACCUUUAUUCACUGAACGGAAAAUAUGCCAAGCUUCCAUUUUAGCCUUUCAAGGCUGAGUCAGCUCUAAAGUUGUCUCAGAUUUUCUAGUUUAAACAACAAUCUGUCUUAAAUGUAGAGACUUUGGUUUAAUCCAGUAAUACUCUGUGAACAUGGAUGGAAGUAAAACUUAUGGGGCCUGUCAUGUUUCCUGUAUCACCAAAGUCUCACGAGCCAGCAUUGCAGGACCUCACUGAUGGGGGAAAUGAUUGAGCUUUUCACUGCAUUUCCUUUUUUAUUUUUUUUUUUAAUGAUACAGAAAAUCUACAUUUCAGUUAGUGGGGUUGGGUUUUUAGUAUUUAAAUAUAAAAUUUAGAAAAAUCAUAAAGCUUGUUCAGGCUUUGAGUAAACCUUGAAUUUGUAUUGUAAGUAUAGUUCAAAAAAAGUACAGUAUGAGAAAAAAAUCUGUGCUGUCUGAAACGAACUACUUAAAAAUAAUGAAACAAAAGGAAAUGGUUAAUAUUGAAUAAAAGAUCAUUGUGUACACCUGUUUUCUAAUUCCUUGCAUUUUCUAGGCAGCUUAUAAAAACAAAUAGACAAUGUAAUACAGUCAUGUGUAUAAGUCUGGGCUGUUUUUUCUUUUUCUAAAAUGAAAAACCUUAUAGGCUUUGAUAAACAUUCUUUUCUAACAACUGGUUUUAGUGCUUUGACUACUGCAAGAGGCAUUAGAGAAAUCAGAUGGUGGUAUCAUUCAAAAGAAACAUCCAGGAGUUUUUACUCUAGGACAAAGGAAAACAAAACUUUUUGUGGUACAGGUCACAGAUUAAAAACAAUCUGCAUGUUGGACUGGAAUUUCUCAGAACCUCCAGAAUAAAGUAUACUGUACACUUUUCCUUGCUUUCUGUUAUGCACUGUAAUGAAAUGUGAAAAAACCCCCGCUGUAUUUAGCUGUAUGUGAAUGAAACAUGCUUGUAUUUAGCAAAAUUGUUAAUGUGAUUAUGUGAAAUUCAAAUCUUGUAAAGAAAAACUUGUGUUUUUUCCUUCCCCCGCACUCCCAUUCUUCAUCAGUAAGCCAUCUAGUAACUCUGUACUUCUACACAGCAACCAUGACUGAAAAUCCAAUACAAACUAAUAAACAACAUGCACUCUGUUUACAACAAA